AUGAACAACGUAGUGUCACUAACUAAAAUUCCACAUUUUCGUCUUCUUGCAUUAGCGGCCAGUAUCAAAGAGAAACUCAAAAUCCCAGAAUGCAUAGCGGAGACUCAGAUCCCGGGUCGAAGCCCAGGAGCUGUUCAUCACCGUUCACCGCAUCCCCGCUUCGGCGUCUCGUGGAGAGGACAAAUGGCCGCAGCUCUGUCCCGUGCUCUGAAACUGCCCGGGAAGAAGGGCUCGGAGCUCGGGGAGUACGAUCCUCUAACUCAGGCCGACAGCGAGGACGAGAGCGAAGAGGAUGACCUCGUCCUCAACUAUCCCCGCAACGGCCUGGGCAGGGACGGCUGCCUGGGCGCCGGCUCCUCCAAGCUGCGCGCCGGCAGGCCCGGGCGGCUGGUGGGCGCCGCCGACGACCCGCAGGAGGACGAAGAGGAGGAGGAGGAGGAGGACGAGUGGACGGAGAGACUCCCGAGGAAGUCCAGACAGGACCGAGCUGACGGGAAAGGCAUGCAGUACUGGAGCCACAGGGACUCGGGCAGGGAGAGGAUGGGGGAGGACAGGGGGGACGCCGGCCCGUCGGGAGCGGCCGGCCUGGGGGUCCACGGCGACGACGCGGAGGACAAGAGGAUGAGGGUCAAGAACGCUGUCCGGAGUGCUUUUUUCCUGGUGCCGGUGGUCUGCGCCACUUUGCUGGUGCUGCUGUGCGCUUUCCUGAUUCCUUGCAAAAAGGGCAAGCUGGAAAAGAAGCUGCAAUGGGAGAUAGCACUGGGAGCUGCAGGAGGUGUGACUCCGCCCGCGCUGGCGCUGUGGGACGUCGACGGCGAUUCGGUGGAGGAUGUUUUUCUGGGCGUGACUACGAUGACCAACGACACCCACGCAACACAAGGAAACAAGAUCUACAGCGCGGUGGCCUUGUCCGCGGUCAGCGGCCGGGUCCUGUGGAGCAAAGUCAUGCGGGAGUCUGUGAUGUACAUCCAGUGCGGCCUGCAGUGCAGCGGCCAGCCGUCGCCCGUAUGCCUCCUCAUCGGCAAAUCCGUCCUCAUGGCGGUCAGCGGCACCACAGGGAAGAAGGUGUGGUCGGUCCUCCUGAAGAACAUAGAGUCUCAGGCGGUCUUACUUCCGGACCUGCAGGCCGACUCGGUCCCGGAUCUGCUGGUGGCCACGCUACCUGCGGACGAGGCUUUGGAUUUGUCGCUGACUUUGAUCUCGGGGCAGACCGGUGCCAAGCUUGGACAUCCUGUGCCUUUCAACCUCACGGGACAAGGGAAGCUGAUCGGCCCUCUGCUGCACGAAACGCAGCAGGGAGCAUUUUACAUCCUGUUUGGGCUGGGUAACGUCCAGGCCAUCUCCCUGAGAGACGUCUACAGUCGAGCGGCCGGCCCAAUGUCCAUAACCCAGUCGCUCAGAAAGAAGGACCCGGGGUGGGAGGCGUUGAGGAAAAGCAAUUCCUCCUCGUUCAUACACAUUUACAGAGGAUCUGAGCGUGUGGAGUUUCUCCUCCCUCUGGUAGCUGGUUUCGGAAACACCCGCAGCAGCCUGGACAGUGUUUCCAACCUGAACUCCACCAGAAGCGACUGGGCGUUGGUGUACGGUGCGGGUAAGGUGUCCGUGCUCAGGCAGAGGGACCUGCGCAAAGAGUGGACCUUCAGCUCGGCCCCCAUUCACAGCCCGCCGGCUCCUGGACACUUCAAUGACGAUGGAAUCCUUGAUCUUUUUAUUCAGAAUUCAACGAAUGGCGUCAUGAAGGCACAGAUUGUCGAUGGCGCCAACGGCAGAGUUCUCUGGGCGGCUGAGUUCGUGUGUCCUCGUCUCGUUUUGGAAACGUCGGCAAUCGCCACCUCAACUGGCCAGUCAGCUUUCCUCUUCUGGGCCAGCGAGCCAAUCACAGCCCAGAGGAAUCUCACCAAGACCACAGCGGCUCCAGGUGUUCUAGGUGCACCAGAGCCGCUCAUCAGAAAACUCUUCCUGAUGCACCCCGCCUAUCCUACCGUCCUGCUGGAGCUCACCAGCACCACAGACACAGCGGUCACAUCUGCAGUGGGUUAUCAGGCGCACCAGAAAGACGCCACCUACAUCACCGUGUCCUCCCGGCCCACGCCUGACUCUGAGCCCGGCGCCCGCAUAGUCAAAAGCACCAGCCUCAAAGCCGCCAUUGCCAAAGGACAAAUAGUCAGGCUGGGUGACAGCGGAAAGACGGGAGGAGCCGCGAAGCCGGGCACGUUUGAGGUCAACACCUUCUUCAGACGCCUGUCCUUUAAGCGGCAGUGAGGAGUGCCUGAACCACGAGGAGAACUGGGAUGAUGCUGCACUGAGGAGACACACUUCCAUUUCAUUUCAAGCCGUUUACCUGCUGUUAGGGUUUCACUUCUGCUAACUGUGCAGGAGAUUUGUGUAGUUUUGGUUUACGUUCGUGCAAACCAUUUAUCCAAGUUAUUUCAUGAGGAUCAGUUGGUGAUAUUUAUUUAACUUAAGCGGAAUAACUGUCUACGUGGUUUAUAACAGUAAAGCACUUGUAUUUCUGCAAGAACGCAUGUACCUUUCAGUUAAUCCCUGCUCUCCUGUCACAUCUUUCCAUAAAGCCACCUAUCCUUUCUGUUUUUGCUGAUUGUGGCUAAGUUUGGGAGUCUGUGACUAUUUAAAGCUGUACAGUAUUUAUUGGUUUGCGUUCAUUUUUUCAUUGAUUAACUUUUCCAGUUGCGAGGAUUUUUAAUGACUGUAUGUAAGCUUUCAAAUGUUCGCUCGGACUUCACCAAAUGCAAAAGAGUAAACAACAACAACCUGUACCCUGUUUGCUUCGCCUCAGUUGUUUCCAAACCUACUCGCUGUGUUGCCGCACGGCCGGAAGGGGGCGCUGUUUCGACGCUCCGCUUCUAAAUAUUACCACGGC